GUUGGUUCAGUCUGUUCUCUCCCACCAGUCCCCUCAUGUCGUCCCAAUUCCUCAAUCGCUCCCUCUUACGGGAGGUGACCAAGUCCCCCAUCUCCGCCUCGUAUACUCGCAUCACUCCGGCUCUCCCGGCCAUCUCCCGUUCAUUCGCUUCCAACUCCGCGCCCCGUCCGUCAUCUCUUACCCUAUUGCAACAUGUCCAAUCUCACCCCUCCCCGCACACUCGGAGGGCGGCCUCCCGACUGGCACAGGCCAUUAUGCCCCGUCCCGGCAGUUCGACCGAAAACUACGUGGCGUACGGAAUGACCCAGAAGCUCUUUGAGGCCUGCUCGACCCAGGCCGAUUACAGUAUACCCCAGGUCGCACAGAAAGGAGCCCAAGUCCCCAAGACGGAAGGCGGGGAAGAUCUGGGUGUAGGGACGGGUUGGUGGUAUGAAGAACUGGGCCUCCUCCCCACCUUCUCCACCUGGUCCCAAGUCACCUUCCUCCACAUGUACCUCCUCACCGUCCGCUUGCGCGCCCUGCCCUCGCGCGACAGUCUCCAGACCUACUCCCGCCACCUGAUCGACCAUUUCUCGCACAGCGCCGAACACCGCAUGGACGUCCUCCACGGCUUCACCAGCCGAGCGAUCCGCAACAAGUUCCUCAAGGACCUCUUCAUCCAGUGGCGCGGCGUCCUCGCCGCCUACGACGAGGGCCUCGUCAAGGGCGAUGCCGUCCUGGGCGCCGCCGUCUGGAGGAACCUCUGGAAGGCCAACUACAACGCCCCCGACGGCUCCGAGCUCGACUGGGCCAAGAUCGCCCAGGUUGUCGCCUACAUGCGCCGGGUCACCGCCGACCUGGCCCAGAUGUCCGAGGCCGAUCUCGUGACCAAUCUGGCCCAUCCGACGGGCGGGAAGCCCGCCGUCUUUGGGUACUCCGAGCUGGAUAAGCGGCUGGUGGAAGCUAAGCGAUGAGUUUGGUCGCACUCAUGAUGAAUCGAC